AUGCCCUUUGGAUCUAAUGGCAAAGAUGAUACUGAUUUAAAGCAGAACAUAAAAUCUGCCAUAUUUAGAAAUAUAAAGCUAUGUGAUGCUGAAGUUGUUUGCCGGCAGCUGGGCUGUGGGAGGGCUCUAUCCACGGCAACUUCGUCUUUUUUUGGAGAAGGGUCUGGCCCUAUCUGGCUGGAUGAUGUGAAUUGCACAGGAGCUGAAACUGCCCUUUCCAAAUGUGAGGCCAGACUGUGGGGAGCCCAUAACUGUGGUCAUAGAGAAGAUGCUGGUGUUGUGUGCUUAGGUGUUCCAGAACCAGCCCCAGUCCGGCUGGUCAACGGUUCAAAUUUCUGCUCUGGGAGAGUUGAGGUGUUUCAUGAGCAGCAAUGGGGAACCGUCUGUGAUGACAGCUGGGAUUUAAGAGAUGCUGAAGUGGUCUGCAGGCAGCUGGGCUGUGGGGCAGCCAUCUCAGCCCCUGACUAUGCUCGGUUUGGACAAGGAACUGGAAAAAUUUGGUUGGAUGAUGUGAACUGUGCAGGAUCUGAAACUGCCCUUGCUGAGUGCCGAGUCAGGCCUUGGGGAAAUCACAACUGUCACCAUGGGGAGGAUGCUGGUGUGGUGUGCUCAGGUAUUACAGAACCAGCUCCCAUCCGGCUCGUGAACGGUCCAAGUCAUUGUGCUGGGAGAGUCGAGGUGUUUCAUGACCAUCAGUGGGGAACCGUGUGUGAUGAUGGCUGGGAUAAAGAAGAAGCCAAUGUUGUGUGCAGGCAGCUGGGCUGUGGGGCAGCAAUAUCAGCCCCUGGCGCAGCUCGCUUUGGACAAGGGUCUGACCCCAUCUGGCUGGAUGAUGUCAGUUGUGCAGGGACAGAGGCUGCCCUCUCGCAGUGCCAGUUGCAGGCCUGGGGAUCCCAUAACUGCAAACAUGGAGAAGAUGCUGGAGUGGUGUGCUCAGAGCCCAAACUCUAUUCAAGGCGAGGCUACACCUCCAAGAUUGGGGCAUUCACAACUUCUCUGGACAGUUUCGUCACCCUCUGA